CAUUGUUUGACGCAGAGCGUCAUAGCAAAUAUAGUUUUAUGGGAAAACCAAAAAAGUAUAUAAAUACAAGGAUUCGCGUAAAGAUUGCCCAUUAUUAUCUUUUAAUUAAAAACAUGUCUCUUCCUCGUAAAGUUCUCCUUGCUGUCACAAGCUACAAUGAACCUUUCUAUCCUGAUGGUAAAAAGACCGGCUUGUUCUAUACUGAAGCACUCCACCCUUAUCUUACUUUUGUAAAGGCCGGUUUCGAAGUUGAUAUUGCUACUGAAACUGGCACUUAUGGUGUCGAUGAACACUCUGUUACCGACCAAUUCUUGUCUGAAGAUGAUAAGAAAAUCUACAAUGACGAUAGCCAUCCCUUCAGUAUUCUUUUGAACAAGAAGCUUCACAAGGCUUCUGACUUGGAUCCCAAGCAAUAUGGUAUCUUUUUUGGUUCUGCUGGACAUGCCACUUUAUACGAUUAUCCUCAUGCUAAGGGACUCAUUGCUAUUGCUGAAGAUAUCUACAGCCGUGGCGGUAUUGUGUCUGCUGUCUGUCACGGUCCUGCUAUUUUACCUUUCGUUAAGGAUACCAAGACUGGCAAGUCUGUCAUUGAAGGUAGAACCAUCACUGGUUUUACUACUGAAGGUGAAGUUCAAAUGAGCAUUCUCGAUAAGCUCAAGCAAGACAAGGUCCUCACUGUUGAAGAACAUGCUGCCAAUGUUGGUGCUCAUUAUGUUGCUCCCUCCUCUCCUUUUGCUGACUGCAGCAAGACCGAUGGCCGUGUUGUUACUGGUGCUAACCCUGCCUCUGCUUAUUCAACUGCUGCUGCUGCUGUUGCCGCCUUUGAAAAGGCUUAAUUUAAAUAAAUAAAUAAUUGUAGUUAUUCUCUUGUUCAUUGUAUAGAUCGAUCGUCUUAUUAUGCAACUUAUAUAUAUACUCCUUGCAUUUUUGCCAAUGCGGUUGGUUUAUUUUUGUCUAUCGUCACCUUAUUCGGUUAAGUCAUUUGGUAUUGCUGUCUCGUGUCAAAUUGAGUUAAGCUUGAGUGAAAGAGCAUAGUGAAAUGUUUAAGAAAGUUAAACCAUAACUUUAUUUUAAAUGAACA